AUGUCAUCUGCGCCGCCAUCGAACGCCACACCAGAGCAGCCAGUGCCGGCUUCGUCUGCCCACCAAGCGAGUGCACCGCUCGGCCUGCCCGCCCCUUCGGAUGCCCCGCCCUCGUCGACGCCGGGUGAAGAGCCCCAGACGAGCUUCAAGCUCGACCACCUCGGUCCCGUCAUUGUGAAUACCGACGGGACGAUGUCGCGCAUCUCCGGGUGGACCGACAUGACCGACGUGGAAAAGCAGAGGUCACUGCGCCUCCUCGCCAAGCGCAACAAUGCCAGGAUGCAGGCCCUCAGAGACGCCGACGCCGAGGGAGCCGAUGGAACCGGGCAAGCACAGUAA